UAUAUAUAUUUUUUAUUUUUUGGNAUUACACGUAUCUUCGUGUUAAUUUUUUCCAUCCUGGUUCUGCACUUGGCAGGAAUGAAGGGAAUGUGUUUCCUAAUCCAGAUGCAACAUUUCUCAAAGAAAUAACCUAUCGUAGUACAAAUGUGAAAGAACCAGGCGAAAUCUCUGCACCUUCUUCAAAUUUGAACACUGCGUUCAGAUUAAUCAAAGAAGUUCAGAAAAAGUUUAAGACAAGAGAAGCUGAAGAAAGGGAAAAAGAGGGAAUUGUGAAACAAGAUACCUUAAUGUUAAGUACAAAUAAAGCCAAUCCUAAGUUGAAAGAUCUUUACAUUCGACCAAAUAUAUACUCUAAGAGAAUUUCUGGAACUUUAGAAGCUCAUAUGAAUG